UGACAGGUAAUGCUGAUGUCCGUCCUAUCUCGUGUGUCCUUGUCAAAACCUCCGUAGACUUUCCAGUCUACAAUUCGAAUCUCUACACUUUUCCGAUACGUAUCUGUGUGAGAGAGAAAUGGCGAUAGUGUAUGCGGUUGUGGCUAGAGGCACAACGGUGUUGGCGGAGUUCAGUGCCGUGACGGGGAACACCGGGGCGGUGGCGCGGCGGAUAUUGGAGAAGCUUCCAGAUGAAACGGAAUCGAGGCUUUGUUUCUCUCAGGAUCGAUACAUCUUCCAUAUACUCCGAUCAGAUGGAAUCACCUUCCUUUGUAUGGCUAACGAAACCUUUGGAAGAAGGAUUCCGUUCUCAUACUUGGAGGAUAUUCAGAUGAGGUUCAUGAAGAACUAUGGUAAGGUGGCUUCUUAUGCUCCUGCCUAUUCCAUGAAUGAUGAAUUCUCAAGGGUCUUGCAUCAGCAAAUGGAGUUCUUUUCAAGUAAUCCAAGUGCAGAUACACUAAAUCGUGUCAGAGGAGAAGUUGGUGAGAUACGCACCAUCAUGGUUGAUAAUAUUGAGAAAAUACUUGAAAGAGGGGAUCGGAUUGAGCUACUUGUUGACAAAACAGGAACAAUGCAAGACAAUGCAUUUCACUUCAGGAAACAGUCGAAGCGCCUUAGGAGAGCUCUUUGGAUGAAAAACGCGAAGCUCCUGGGUUUGUUAACAUGCCUGAUUGUGCUCUUCCUUUACUUGAUAAUUGCUGCUUGUUGUGGAGGCAUCACUCUACCUUCCUGCAGAUCAUGAAUUCUCUGAAAAGGAGCACCAUAUUUGCCGCACUGUGGUUCAUAUUUCCAAAUACAUUUAGAUGAACUAUAUCAUCAGAGUGAAAGGUUAUUGUAUAAUCAAUCCAGCAGAUUCUUGUUCUGGCACCUUUAGAAGUACAUGUGCGGAAAAGAAUGAUAAGGUUUGUAUUGUUGUUGACAAGGCCUGUCGCCUUUCUCAUUUGUAAAUGUUCUGGUGGAGUUCUAAAUUACUCUAAAGUGUAAGGUCUUCCGUGCCUGUUUGUAAAUAUAAUGUUGUGCCGUGACUUACCUUUUGUACCAUUUUUUCAAAUGUAUGG